AUGGUUCUCGUCAGCGUAUCAACUUCUCCAAACUUUUGUGCACAAGAAGAGAAAAAAUAUCAGAAGAUUCGUGUAAGACAUAUGAUUGUAAAGGCAAUGGAGGAUAGAUAUCCGAAAUGGGGGGAAGAUAAACCACCUAAUGAUUUAGAUAAUAUGAUAGUUGACAUUCUGAGUGAUCAGCUAAACAACAAUGUCCUCGAUAGAGUGGAUGAGAGCCCCUCCACAAAACGAAAGAAGGAGAAAGAAACUGCUCCAGAAAUGUUGCUUGAGGCUGUUAACAACUUGACUGGAAGAGUAGAAACCAUGGAUGUUAGUGUAGCUGAAAGGGUUAUUAAGACAUUGGAAGCUUCUGUAGAAGCUCAGAUGGAUGCUAGAAUGUCUUUCUUUGAGACUGAGUUGAAGAACAAGAUGUCCAUACUAGAGGAAGACAUAAAUGUUCUUAAAGGGAAGGAUGAUGAAAAAGUUACAUCCAAUGCCGACAAAUCCAAAGAACAUGAAGAAGUCGACGCUUGUAGCAACACGAUGUCAUCGAUGGUUCAGAGAAAAAAAAGUUCAGUUGAUGGAUUACCAAUACAACGCGUCGUAAAAAAAGAGAAGAAUAAGAAGACGGUGCCAGUGAUACAAGUGAAGAUCGAGAAGCCAUUUCUUAUCCCACAGCUGAAUGACCAAUCAAUUUCCACAGAGAGUUGGGAGGAUCAUCUACAAUGGCAGAAAAGUGCAAAGUGUAGACAGGCGUUGGAAGCAAUAGCUUCAAGUACUGACGAGCCUAAACACAUAAGAAAAACCCAACUGACAAAGACUCAAAUUUGGCCAUAU